AAAGCCCAAUGCUCCACUCUGACAUUCGUCCUCUGUGAAUGGUACGCUAAUACAACUUGAUGUUCUUGCACGCUUGAGCUGGAGACUUCUGUGCAGAAUGAUGACAGCAAACUGGUUGUUUCUUCUCUUGGUGAUCAUCUCAGGUAGAGAAGAAUGUUUUGCAGGAUUGGUUGUAACCAGCUGUGGUGUGUGUGAUAUGGGGGAGGACUGUAUCAGUGCUGGUGGAACAUCUUGCUGUGCAGACCCCUGCCAGCACUACACCGUACUUAAUGACGGCUGGCGUGCCACCAACAACAACGCCAACGUUUAUGGCGAGCACUGCGACAAGGAUGUCAACUGGCAGGGAUGGUAUCGCCUGUUCCUGGGGAACACCAGUGUUCAGAUGCCAGAGAGGUGUGUGGACAGUUACAUGUGUGGGACCGCCUUCCCCAUGUGGCUCACGGAUCCCCAUCCCCAGGUGUUAGACGGGGUGGUUCAGAGGGGUGUCUGUGGGAGCUGGUAUGGUGACUGCUGCUACUGGAGGCAAAAUCCCAUCCAUGUCAAAGCCUGCUAUGGAAACUACUAUGUCUACAAGUUUGUCCCUACAACAACAUGCAACAUGGCCUACUGUGCAGACGUCAACACCAAGGUGUGUUCUACCUGUAGAGAUGAUGACACCUGUAUGAGUGAGGAUAAGAUCACCUGGAGGUGUGAGAGGAAAGUCACCCUCAUCUCAUUUUACUCUCUCAAAGAGCAAUCUUCUACAACUACCUGUAAACCCACAACUACAUCGACAAAAACUACUCUUGUACCUGGAACCACCACCACAACUCCUUUACCUGGAUCCAACACCACAACUCCUGUACCUGGAACUACCACCACAACUCCUGUACCUGGAACUACCACCACAACUCCUGUACCUGGAACCAUCAGCACAACUCCUGUACCUGGAACCAACACCACAACUCCUGUACCUGGAACCAACACCACAACUCCUGUACCUGGAACCCCAAAUCUAGUACCUGGAACCAUCACCACAACUCCUGAACCUGGAACCACCACCACAACUCCUGUACCUGGAACCAUCAACACAACUCCUGUACCUGGAACCAAUACCACAACUCCUGUACCUGAAACCACCCCCACAACUAUUGUACCUGGAACCAUCACCACAACUCCUGUACCUGGAACCCCAAAUCUAGUACCUGGAACCACCACCACAACUCCUGUACCUGGAACCACCACCACAACUCCAGUACCUGAAACCAACACCACAACUCCUGUACCUGGAACCCCAAAUCUAGUACCUGGAACCACCACCACAACUCCUGUACCUGGAACCACCACCACAACUCCAGUACCUGAAACCAACACCACAACUCCUGUACCUGGAACCAUCACCACAAUUCCUGUACCUGGAACCCCAAAUCUAGUACCUGGAACCAUCACCACAACUCCAGUACCUGGAUCCCCCAACACAACUCCAGUUCCUGGAACCAUCACCACAACUCCUGUAGCCGGAACCAUCACCACAACCCCUGUACCUGGGUCCACCACCACAACUCCAGUACCUGGAACCAACACCACAACUACUGUACCUGGAACCAUCACCACAACUCCAGUACCUGAAACCAUCACCACAACUCCAGUACCUGAAACCAUCACCACAACUCCUGUACCUGGAACCCCAAAUCUAGUACCUGGAUCCCCCACCACAACUCCUGUACCUGGAACCAACACCACAACUACUGUACCUGGAACCAACACCACAACUACUGUACCUGGAACCAUCACCACAACUCCAAUACCUGAAACCAUCACCACAACUCCUGUACCUGGAACCCCAAAUCUAGUACCUGGAACCAUCACCACAACUUCAGUACCUGGAUCCCCCACCACAACUUCUGUACCUGGAACCAACACCACAACUACUGUACCUGGAACCAACACCACAACUACUGUACCUGGAACCAUCACCACAACCCCUGUACCUGGAACCAUCAACACAACUCCUGUACCUGGAACCCCCAACACAACUCCAGUUCCUGGAACAAUGACCACAACUCCUGUACCUGGAACCACCACCACAACUCCUGUACCUGGAACCACCACCACAACUCCUGUACCUGGAACCAUCAACACAACUCCUGUACCUGGAACCAACACCACAACUUCUCUACCUGGAACCAUCACCACAACUCCUGUACCUGGAACAAACACCGCAACUCCUGUACCUGGAACCCCAAAUCUAGUACCUGGAAACAUCUCCACAAGUCCUGUACCUGAAACCAACACCACAACUCCUGUACCUGGAACACGAAAUCUAGUACCUGGAACCAUAACCACAACUCCUGUACCUGGAACCGCAAAUCUAGUACCUGGAACCAUAACCACAACUCCUGUACCUGGAACCCCAAAUCUAGUACCUGGAAACAUCACCACAAGUCCUGUACCUGAAAACAUCACCAUAAUUCCUGUACCUGAAACCAACACCACAACUCCUGUACCUGGAACUGCAAAUCUAGUACCUGGAACCAUAACCACAACUCCUGUACCUGGAACCCCAAAUCUAGUGCCUGGAACCAUAACCACAACUCCUGUACCUGGAACCCCAAAUCUAGUACCUGGAACCACCGCCACAACUCCUGUACCUGGAACCAUCACCACAACUCCUGUACCUGGAACCACCACUGCAACUCCUGUACCUGGAACCAUCACCACAACUCCUGUACCUGGAACCCCAAAUCUAGUACCUGGAACCAUCACCACAACUCCUGUACCUCGAACGACCACCACAACUCCUGUACCUGGAACGACCACCACAACUCCUGUACCUGAAACCCCAACCACAACUCCAGUACCUGGAACCAACACCACAACUACUGUACCUGGAACACCAAAUCUAGUACCUGGAACCAACACCACAACUCCUGUACCUGGAACGACCACCACAACUCCUGUACCUGAAACCCCAACCACAACUCCAGUACCUGGAACCAACACCACAACUACUGUACCUGGAACCCCAAAUCUAGUACCUGGAACCAACACCACAACUCCUGUACCUGGAACCCCAAAUCUAGUACCUGGAAACAUAACCACAACUCCUGUACCUGGAACCAUCACCACAACUCCUGUACCUGGAACCAUCACCACAACUCCUGUACCUGGAACCAUAACCACAACUCCUGUACCUGGAACCAUCACCACAACUCCUGUACCUGAAACCACCACCACAACUCCUGUACCUGGAACCCCAAAUAUAGUACCUGGAACCAUCACCAUAACUCCAGUACCUGAAACCCCAAAUCGAGUACCUGGAACCAUCACCACAACUCCUGUACAUGGAACGACCACGACAUCUCCUGUACCUGGAACGACCACCACAACUCCUGUACCUGAAACCCCAACCACAACUCCUGUACCUGGAACCAACACCACAACUACUGUACCUGGAACCACCACUGCAACUCCUGUACCUGGAACCAUCACCACAACUCCUGUACCUGAAACCCCAACCACAACUCCAGUACCUGGAACCAACACCACAACUACUUUACCUGGAACAACCACUGCAAAUCCUGUACCUGGAACCAUCACCACAACUCCUGUACCUGGAACCCCAAAUCUAGUACCUGGAACCAUCACCACAACUCCUGUACCUGGAACGACCACCACAACUCCUGUACCUGGAACGACCACCACAACUUCUGUACCUGAAACCCCAACCACAACUCCAGUACCUGGAACCAUCACCACAACUACUGUACCUGGAACCCCAAAUCUAGUACCUGGAACCAACACCACAACUCCUGUACCUGGAACGACCACCACAACUCCUGUACCUGAAACCCCAACCACAACUCCAGUACCUGGAACCAACACCACAACUACUUUACCUGGAACCCCAAAUCUAGUACCUGGAACCAACACCACAACUCCUGUACCUGGAACCCCAAAUCUAGUACCUGGAACCAUAACCACAACUCCUGUACCUGGAACCAUCACCACAACUCCUGUACCUGGAACAAUCACCACAACUCCUGUACCUGGAACCAUCACCACAACUCCUGUACCUGGAACCCCAAAUCUAGUACCUGGAUCCCCCACCGCAACUCCUGUACCUGGAACCAACACCACAACUACUGUACCUGGAACCAACACCACAACUACUGUACCUGGAACCAACACCACAACUACUGUACCUGGAACCAUCACCACAACUCCUGUACCUGGAACCACCACUGCAACUCCUGUACCUGGAACCAUCACCACAACUCCUGUACCUGGAACCCCAAAUCUAGUACCUGGAACCAUCACCACAACUCCUGUACCUCGAACGACCACCACAACUCCUGUACCUGGAACGACCACCACAACUCCUGUACCUGAAACCCCAACCACAACUCCAGUACCUGGAACCAACACCACAACUACUGUACCUGGAACACCAAAUCUAGUACCUGGAACCAACACCACAACUCCUGUACCUGGAACGACCACCACAACUCCUGUACCUGAAACCCCAACCACAACUCCAGUACCUGGAACCAACACCACAACUACUGUACCUGGAACCCCAAAUCUAGUACCUGGAACCAACACCACAACUCCUGUACCUGGAACCCCAAAUCUAGUACCUGGAAACAUAACCACAACUCCUGUACCUGGAACCAUCACCACAACUCCUGUACCUGGAACCAUCACCACAACUCCUGGACCUGGAACCAUAACCACAACUCCUGUACCUGGAACCAUCACCACAACUCCUGUACCUGAAACCACCACCACAACUCCUGUACCUGGAACCCCAAAUAUAGUACCUGGAACCAUCACCAUAACUCCAGUACCUGAAACCCCAAAUCGAGUACCUGGAACCAUCACCACAACUCCUGUACCUGGAACGACCACGACAUCUCCUGUACCUGGAACGACCACCACAACUCCUGUACCUGAAACCCCAACCACAACUCCUGUACCUGGAACCAACACCACAACUACUGUACCUGGAACCACCACUGCAACUCCUGUACCUGGAACCAUCACCACAACUCCUGUACCUGAAACCCCAACCACAACUCCAGUACCUGGAACCAACACCACAACUACUUUACCUGGAACAACCACUGCAAAUCCUGUACCUGGAACCAUCACCACAACUCCUGUACCUGGAACCCCAAAUCUAGUACCUGGAACCAUCACCACAACUCCUGUACCUGGAACGACCACCACAACUCCUGUACCUGGAACGACCACCACAACUUCUGUACCUGAAACCCCAACCACAACUCCAGUACCUGGAACCAUCACCACAACUACUGUACCUGGAACCCCAAAUCUAGUACCUGGAACCAACACCACAACUCCUGUACCUGGAACGACCACCACAACUCCUGUACCUGAAACCCCAACCACAACUCCAGUACCUGGAACCAACACCACAACUACUUUACCUGGAACCCCAAAUCUAGUACCUGGAACCAACACCACAACUCCUGUACCUGGAACCCCAAAUCUAGUACCUGGAACCAUAACCACAACUCCUGUACCUGGAACCAUCACCACAACUCCUGUACCUGGAACAAUCACCACAACUCCUGUACCUGGAACCAUCACCACAACUCCUGUACCUGGAACCCCAAAUCUAGUACCUGGAUCCCCCACCGCAACUCCUGUACCUGGAACCAACACCACAACUACUGUACCUGGAACCAACACCACAACUACUGUACCUGGAACCAACACCACAACUACUGUACCUGGAACCAUCACCACAACUCCAGUACCUGAAACCAUCACCACAACUCCUGUACCUGGAACCCCAAAUCUAGUACCUGGAACCAUCACCACAACUUCAGUACCUGGAUCCCCCACCACAACUCCUGUACCUGGAACCAACACCACAACUACUGUACCUGGAACCAUCACCACAACUCCAGUACCUGAAACCAUCACCACAACUCCUGUACCUGGAACCCCAAAUCUAGUACCUGGAACCAUCACCACAACUUCAGUACCUGGAUCCCCUACCACAACUCCUGUACCUGGAACCAACACCACAACUACUGUACCUGGAACCAACACCACAACUACUGUACCUGGAACCAUCACCACAACUCCUGUACCUGAAACCAUCACCACAACUCCAGUACCUGGAUCUCCCACCAUAACUCCUGUACCUGGAACCCAAAAUCUAGUACCUGGAACCAUCAACACAACUCCUGUACCUGGAACCAACACCACAAGUCCUGUACCUGAAACCAUCACCACAAUUCCUGUACCUGAAACCAACACCACAACUCCUGUACCUGGAACCCCAAAUCUAGUACCUGGAACCAUAACCACAACUUCUGUACCUGGAACCACAAAUCUAGUACCUGGAACCAUAACCACAACUCCUGUACCUGGAACCCCAAAUCUAGUACCUGGAACCAUAACCACAACUCCUGUACCUUUAACCAUCACCACAACUCCUGUACCUGGAACAAUCACCACAACUCCUGUGCCUGGAACCCCAAAUCUAGUACCUGGAACCAUCACAACAACUCCUGUACCUGGAACCACCACCACAACUCCUGUACCUGGAACCACCACCACAACUCCUGUACCUGAAACCACCAACACAACUCCUGUACCUGGAACCAUCACCACAACUACUGUACCUGGAAUCAUCAUCACAAAUCCUGUACCUGGAAUCCCAAUUCCUGUACCUGGAUCCCCAAAUCUAGUACCUGGAUCCAUCAUCAUAUAUCCUGUACCUGGAUCCAUCACCACAACUCCUGUACCUGGAACCACGACCACAACUCCUGUACCUGAAAUCACCACCACAACCCCUGUACAUGGUACCCCAAAUGUAGUACCUGGAACCAUAACCACAACUCCUGUACCUCGAACCCCAAAUCUAGUACCUGAAACCAUCACCACAAUUCCUGUACCUGGAACCCCAAAUAUAGUACCUGGAACCAUUACCACAACUCCUGUACCUGGAACCCCAAAUCUAGUACCUGGAAACAUUACCACAACUCCUGUACCUGGAACCCCAAAUAUAGUACCUGAAACCAUUACCACAACUACUGUACCUGGAACCACCACCACAACUCCUGUACUUGGAACCCCAAAUCUAGUACCUGGAACCAUCACCACAUCCCCUGUACCUGGAACCCAAAAUAUAGUACCUGGAACCAUCACCACAACUCCUGUAUCUGGAACCACCACCACAACUCCAGAACCUGAAACCACCACUGCAACUCCAGUACCUGGAACCAACACCACAACUCCUGUACCUGGAACCAUCACCACAACUCCUGUACCUGGAACCACCACUGCAACUCCUGUACCUGGAACCAUCACCACAACUCCUGUACCUGGAACCCCAAAUCUAGUAACAGGAAACACCACCACAACUCCUGUACCUGAAACCCCCACCACAACUCCAGUACCUGAAACCCCCACCACAACUGCAGUACCUGGAACCAACACCACAACUACUGUACCUGGAACCCCAAAUCUAGUACCUGGAACCACCACCACAACUCCUGUACCUGGAACCCCAAAUCUAGUACCUGGAACCAUAACCACAACUCUUGAACCAAGAACCAUCACCACAACUCCUGUACCUGGAACCAUCACCAUAACUCCAGUACCUGGAACCACCACCACAACUCCUGUACCUGGAACCAUCACCACAACUCCUGUACCUGGAACCACCACUGCAACUCCUGUACCUGGAACCAUCACCACAACUCCUGUACCUGGAACCCCAAAUCUACUACCUGGAACCAUCACCACAACUCCUGUACCUGGAAUGACCACCACAACUCCUGUACCUGGAACCCCAAAUCUAAUACCUGGAACCAUCACCACAACUCCUGUACCUGGAACCCCAAAUCUAGUACCUGGAACCAUCACCACAACUCCUGUACCUGGAAUGACCACCACAACUCCAGUACCUGAAACCCCCACCACAACUGCAGUACCUGGAACCAACACCACAACUACUGUACCUGGAACCCCAAAUCUAGUACCUGGAACCACCACCACAACUCCUGUACCUGGAACCCCAAAUCUAGUACCUGGAACCAUAACCACAACUCUUGAACAAAGAACCAUCACCACAACUCCUGUACCUGGAACCAUCACCACAACUCCUGUACCUGGAACCAUCACCACAACUCCUGUACCUGGAACCACCACCACAACUCCUGUACCUGAAACCACCACCGCAACUCCUGUACCUGGAACCAACACCACAACUACUGUACCUGAAACCACCACCACAACUCCUGUACCUGGAACCCCAAAUCUAGUACCUGGAACCAUCACCAUAACUCCAGUACCUGGAACCACCACCACAACUCCUGUACCUGGAACCAUCACCACAACUCCUGUACCUGGAACCACCACUGCAACUCCUGUACCUGGAACCAUCACCACAACUCCUGUACCUGAAACCCCAAAUCUAGUACCUGGAACCAUCACCACAACUCCUGUACCUGGAAUGACCACCACAACUCCUGUACCUGGAACCCCAAAUCUAGUACCUGGAACCAUCACCAUAACUCCAGUACCUGAAACCCCCACCACAACUCCAGUACCUGAAACCAACACCACAACUACUGUACCUGAAACCACCACCACAACUCCUGUACCUGGAACCCCAAAUCUAGUACCUGGAACCAUAACCACAACUCUUGAACCAAGAACCAUCACCACAACUCCUGUACCUGGAACCAUCACCAUAACUCCAGUACCUGGAACCACCACCACAACUCCUGUACCUGGAACCAUCACCACAACUCCUGUACCUGGAACCACCACUGCAACUCCUGUACCUGGAACCAUCACCACAACUCCUGUAGUACCUGGAAUAACCACCACAACUCCUGUACCUGGAACCUCAAAUCUAGUACCUGGAAUCAUCACCAUAACUCCAGUACCUGAAACCCCCACCACAGCUCCAGUACCUGGAACCAACACCACAACUACUGUACCUGGAACCCCAAAUCUAGUACCUGGAACCACCUCCACAACUCCUGUACCUGAAACCAUCCCCACAACUCCUGUACUUGAAACCACCACCACAACUCCAGUACCUGGAUCCCCCACCACAACUCCUGUACCUGGAACCCCAAAUCUAGUACCUGAAACCACCACCACAACUCCUGUACCUGAAACCACCACCACAACUCCUGUACCUGGAACACCAAAUCUAGUACCUGGAACCAUCACCACAACUCCUGUACCUGAAACCACCACCACAACUCCUGUACCUGAAACCACCACCACAACUCCUGUACCUGGAACCAUCACCACAACUCCUGUACCUGAAACCACCACCACAACUCCAGUACCUGAAACCAUCACCACAACUCCUGUACCUGAAACCACCACCACAACUCCAGUACCUGAAACCACCACCACAACUCCAGUACCCAGAUCCACAACUGCUGUACCUGGUACCCCCAUCACAACUCCAGUACCUGGAACCCCAAAUAUAGUACCUGGAACCCCCACCACAACUCUAGUACCUGAAACUACCACUACAACAACUGGCCCAAUACCUGUCACCACCAUCAAGGAACCUACGCGUCCUCCUAUCACGGCCCCAGAGCUGGUGUGUGGGUGGAGCCUGGUACAGGUGGGUCUAAACAGGGCCCACUUGGAGGCUGCUGGUCGGAACGCUUCCUCUGCCCACCUGGCUGACAGACGCUGCUCUGCCCACCAGGAGGCUAACGGCACAGUGUGGUACCAGGUGGAGCGACGGGAGGGACUCUGUGGAAACACUCUGGAGACUAACACCACCCAUGCUGUCUACUCCAACAGCUUAUUAGUUUAUCCAGUAGAUGGGAGAAACGACUCUCUCUCCCGACCCGUGAGCUAUCCUCUCUCAUGUGUCUAUCCCCUGGAGACAGAGAGCAGACUGGAUGUGGCCCUCAGACACUACCUACUACCUGGUAAUGGAGUUGUUAGAGUCGGUGCCAAAGCCAGAGCUUCCAUGUCUCUGUACCUUAACUCCAACUACACAGAGCCUUACCCAGCAGGCAGAGUCAUCUUGCCGGUGGGCUCCACCCUGCAUGUGGGCGUGUCUGUACGGGUGGGCGUGUCUGUAGAGGAGUCCGAGGCAGAGCGUUAUGUGGUCGUUCUAGACAACUGCUACGCCACGGAAUCCCCCAGUCCUGAUGACCUUCCGCGAUUCUACAUGAUUCAACACAGGUGUCCUAGCAAUCGAACCCAGGUGAGGGUGGAGGAGAGCGGCUCGUCUCUCAGGGCUCGCUUCUCUGCUCUGCUGUUCCUGUACCAGGGGGACUACCGGGACGUCUUCCUGCACUGCAGACUCAGCCUGUGUGAUCAGAGGAGGUCCUCCUGCACUCCAGUGUGUUCCAGGAGGAGAUCCCGCUCUGUGUCCAAGUCCGUCCCCCUCAAGCUCCUCACUAUUGGGCCAAUCACCUGGGCCCAGAGUCUGGACUGAGCCUUGGGAAUCCCCCCCAGGGGCCCAGAGUCUGGACUGAGCCUUGGGACCCCCCCCCCCCCCCCCCCCCAGG